AGAGUGGCCACUAAGAGCAGUUGAGUUAGAGUCGAAGACGUUCCUCGGUUGGCUUCGUUGCCUUCGACUCGUUCUUUCUUUGCUCAGUGAGCAACUGUCUCGUAGUGAGUAAGGACUCGACAAAGAGUGUGCUUUCUCCCUCUUGUCCCGGUACGUUCGCUGCGAAACGGUUAAGCUUACCUGUGUACACUUGUGUAGAAAGGGUUGCUUACUGCCAGGCGCUAUUAUCGAUCGAAGAUCUCCCAAAGAACGGACCUUAUUUUUUCGAGAUAUAUCAACAUGAUACUCGGACCGAUCUUAACAACGAUCUUUCUAUUUGUAACAAUAGGUUCAUUGUCAGAAGCAUGCGAACUGGAUCAGAUGCGAUACGGAUGUCGGAUUUAUAAUGCCCAAUGUAGCUGCGGUUAUGGUUGUAAGGCCGAGUAUAGAUACGACACUAAUGAAGAUUGUAAAUUAGCAUUGAGAGGUAGACUCAAUGAUAUAUGCUAUAGAUCUAAUCCCUGUUUGUACGGUGGCUCUUGCUCGCAAAUUUCACCCAAUCCAGGAUUCAAAUGUCGAUGCGAGGGUACAGGAUAUUAUGGUACACGCUGCGAAAAACCUUGUCCAGCACCCAACAAUCUACGUUAUCGUGGACCAUUUCCUUACGAGUGUGUUGUUAUCUGAUAUCGAAAAUAUUCCUUUCCGUACCCACACACCCCCACCGUUCUCUUCCGUUGAAACUUACGAAUCUGAAAUAUUUUUACGUUAAGUACAAAAAGCUAGCACAUAUAUACAUAUUUUCGGAUACACAUCUUUGUACAUACAUAAUAAACAUGCGAUAACAAUA